UCUAUCUCUCUCUCUCUCUCUUGCUCGCUCUCUCUCUCUCUAGGCGAAGCGGAAAUGGGUGCGAGCAGCAGCCGGGCGAGGUCCGGCCCCUCGCCGUCGUCGCCGCCGCCGCAGCAGCAGCCGCAGGUCGGCCGCCGCGCCGGGCGGAGGAAGCUCUCGUCCCUCGUCUGUGGCUGCUCCCCUUCCCACGCUCCCGUGGAGAUGGAAGAUUAUCCAAAUGAAUGUUUGGUUAAUUCUGCAGAACUUUGCGAUUCCAGUGUUACCAAGUUUCAGGAACCCAAUGAAGGGUACACGGUCUCCGUUGGAGAAAUACAACCACUGCACUCUGCUACUGGACCCAGAGCCAUGCCCACAAGUGAAGAAACAUUGGAUGAAGUAGAAGGACUAGGUGUUGGACCAAAAAGUGAGGAUAAUUGCCUGUUUGAAAGCAAGGAAAUUAUUCCUUCUUGUCGGGUAAGUGGAUCUAGCGCUGACGAUUUUAGUAGUGACAAAACUAGUACUGCCUCUAGUACUUCAUUUAUGGAACAACAAUCUUCAGACAUGGUCUCUGUAAGUGUACCAUCUAACAAGGAUGCAGUCGGUGAUAUUAAUAAUCCAGUGAUGGAGGGUGUAUCAGAGAUCCUACCUGAGGUUACACAUGCUAGUGGGUCAUCUCAUGAAAGACUCCAAGAUGAGCAUCGCCACACCGAGGCUACUGAGAAUCAAGCGAGCGAACUUGCAGAUGCCCAUACUCAUGACUCCGUGUCGCCCACUUCUGAUUUUCCCUGGGCUUUCAACUCACAAGGAGAUGAGUCUCAUAUGCAAAUGACACCUUCAGCCUUUGAAUUCCUUCUGUCUGCUGGAGAACAAGGCCAAGAAACUGAAGGCAUAAUUCAUGUUGGUAUUGUGAAUAUAUCCUCCAGUGCAUUGUCUGACAGUAGGAAUGAUACAGGUGAUUGGGACACCAGAAGGAGUAGCAGAAGAUUAUUUUGGGAUGUUUUUUCAAGAGACAGUUCUGUAGGGCGCAGUGAUUCUUCUAGUAUUGCAUUGUCACGAGAUGAUCCUGAUUAUCUUGGAUUUCAUGAAAGAUGGAUGGGUGGUUUUAGAGGUGAUUUGUCCGAUCAUUUCUUUGAGGGUGAUUCACGAUAUCUUGCGGGUAGAAUUCACAGGUCACAUCAUCGACGUCGUCGCCCAAGAUCUGAGAUCUGGGACAGACUUCGUUAUGGCCUCAGUGAGAAUGGUGGGCGAACUGCUUUCUGCCCUUCAGGGCUCCACCCUGAUGGAAUGUGCUCAUGUGAUUCAUUUUCUGUGUCUGAGUCCAGUACUCAUUCAAGCAUAUCACGCAUAGUCAUGCUUGCAGAAGCUUUAUUCGAGGUAUUGGACGAAAUUCAUCGCCAACCAAUACCCCUUUCCUUGUCAGCGACCUCACCGCCAGCCCCAGAAUCAGUUGUUGACUCUUUUCCACUCAAAAAUUACAAAAGAAUCACCAAUGCUGAGGAAGGAGAGAAUGCUGAACAGUGCUAUAUUUGCUUGGCUGAGUAUGAGGAAGGAGACAAGAUCAGGGUUCUUCCAUGCCACCAUGAGUAUCAUGUGGCAUGUGUUGAUAAAUGGCUAAAAGAGAUACACGGAAUAUGCCCACUUUGUCGAGGUGAUGUUCGCGAAGGUUUCAGUGAAUGUCCUAUGUCCAAUGCUGAAAUAUCUUCCCUUUAAUGAUCUUUCUACAUACACAUGAAUGUAAAUAGGGAUCACCAUCUACUCAUAAAAUGUCUUUACAGCUUAUAAAAUCAUCUAUAUCUUACUUUUAUAUAUCUGAAAUCUAUAUUUAGCAAA